AUGGAAAUAACGACGCAUAGUCAACGUAAAACUUUACCACGUUCGCUUCAAUUUCAACGUAUGGAACGUAUUGUUAAAGCAAUGCAACAUCCAACAGCAGGUGUACCUGUUCGUGAACAAAAAUUAUUUCUUACCACAAUACCAAAUGCAUUUACGGGUAAUGAUGUAUCAGAAUGGAUUAUGCAAAAAUUAAAUGUUAAGGAUUCUGCUGAAGCACGUCAUCUUGCUUCAUUAUUAUGUUAUUAUGGUUAUUUUUUUCAUGUAACAACAAAUGGAGCUGUACAAAUCAAAGAUGAUAAUGAAUUAUUUCGUUUUCAAGCACCAUAUUUUUGGGUUUCAACUAAUUGGACAACAGGCAAUGUCGAAUAUGCUAUUUAUUUAUUAAAACGAACAUUAAGAAAUCGUCAACGACAUGGUCUUGAAGAAUAUGAAAUGUAUGCAUUAAAUGAUCUUAAAAAGAAAUUAAUUCAUCAAUGGGAUUUCGUUACAAUGCAAGCUGAAGCUCAACUUCGUGUACUCAAAGAUCGUAAAAAAACCGAUAAAACAAUAAUUGAUAGUCAAGAACGAGCUUUUUGGCAUGUUAUGCGUCCGUCACCGGAUGAGGCAUCAAUACUUGAAAUGGAUAUACGGCAUGAUUUGUAUACAUAUCGACCGAUGAAACGUGAAGAAUUAAUAAAACGACGUCUUGAAUAUCUUCAACAGACAUUGACCAAUCGAGUACGCACAAAAUCAUCACAAACACAUCAAAGUUUAUGCGCAUUCGCUGAAUUAUUCAGUGAUUAUGAUCCGUUUUUGGGACACUGUUCACCAUCAAAUCCAUGGUUAACAUCCGAUACAGAACGAUGGACUCUUAUGCAACCUCUAGUUGAUUAUCCAACUCAACUUCGUGUUCGUCGUUGGUCAUUCAAUUGCAGAGAACUUCUUUCAGAUCCAACUGGUGUAUGUGAAUUUAUGAAGUUUUGCAAAGCUGAUUUUUCAACUGAAAGCCUAAAUUUUUAUUUACAUGUACAAGAAAUACGUAAUUGUUCAUUCUCACAAAUAAAACAGAAAGCUGAUUAUGUUUAUCGAGAACAUUUAGCACCAAAUGCACCACAAGAAGUUAAUAUAAAUGAUACAAUACGAACAAAAAUUGUUAAACAACUGGACAAUCCUGACCGUGACAUUUUUAUGGAAGCUGAAAAGCAUAUUCAUGAAUUAAUGAAAAAAAAUAGUUAUUCACGUUUUAUACAAUCUGAACAGUAUCGAAAUCUUUUACAAAAUGCACCUAAUCCUUUACCAAAGAAACCUGGUAUAUUUCAUUUUGUUAAAGACAACUAUUUCCGUUUAUCAUCAAGUAGUAGUGACGAUGAAUAUGAUUCAGAUGAUGAAAUUCACAAAAAUGACAAUACAAUCACAAAUGCUGCUGGUAAUAAUAUUCAAAAUAAAUCUCAACCACUUGCUGGAACAUUAGUAAAUACAGCAGCUAUUGCAACUGCAGUUGUUGCAGUAUCUGCAGCACCAAUGCAAUCUGUGGAUAAUAAUGGCAAAUUAGGUUCUGCAUAUAAUCAAACAGUCAUCAAAUAG